AGUAAGUCUUUUACGCAAUAAAUAUUUAUGUUUUACAUAACCUCUCGAACUGAGCAAAAAAUACGCAUUUCUUUGGCUUUGUUUGGCUCUUAGUAAGAGCAGAAGUCUUCACAGCGAACAUGGAGUAAUGAAAUGAACAGUUUGGUCUGAAUCCACACAGGUUAUUGAGGCCUUCCCGGGGCCCUUUGGGUCCCAGGAAGAGGAUGUAUCGUGGUGGGGAUAAGGACUUCCAGAUAUCAGCACGCAAGAUGGGUACAUCGUUGCUUUUCCAACUGUCAGCUCAUGAAAGAGAACUGGAUUUGGUUUUUCUGGACCACAGCUAUGCCAAACCCUGGAAUGCCCACCCGGAUGCCAGCAGCGCUCGGCCCACAAGGACGCUGUUUGUUACCCCUCGACGCCAGCCUGAAGCCUUGUCAGAUUCUGAUUCUGUAAUAGAUGUGGAGAUGGUCACACCAACGCCUGUUCCUCUAUAUGAUAACCAGAAGGCUCUCAGUGUGAUGAAAGAGUGUGAGCGACAUGUACUGUUUGCUCGCACAGUUGCUGAGAGCCCACCACCCCCCGAUGACUGGGAGGAACAUAUAAACAAGACUGGAUGGUCAGUCGCUCAGAACAAAUUGUUCAACAAAGUCCUUAAAGCUCUCCAAGCUGAAAGACUGGCACGGCUGGCCAAUGAAAACGCCUCCAAUGAGCCAAUUUUGCGCAGGAUAGCUGUGGACAAGUGUGCUCGGAAGGUGCGGCAUGCCCUGGCCAGUGUGAACUGGGACACCAAACUGACACAGUGGUUACACACCACCAUGAUUGAAUCCUUGAGCCUCGCCAUGCUUGCCGCUUACCUGGAUGUGCUGCAGACUCUCAAAAGCAAGUUGCCCUCACUGAUCGACAGAAUGUUGCUGCCAUCGGCAAAGACUGGAGCUCCGAGUGCAGAGGCUCUGUCACUGCUACUGAAACGGCCUUGGGACCCCGCUGUUGGAGUCCUGUCUCAAAAUAAACCGAGCAAACUUCCUGGAUCCCCACUCAUCCUAAUCGCACCAUCAAGCCCAACCAAUCCAGCACUUUCCACCUCUCGGCGAAUGAGAUUCUGGCAGUCGCAGCUCUCCUGUUUGGGAAAGGUCAUUCCAGUCCACACUCAUGUGAACAGUGGGGCCAAUAUUGGCAUCACUCAGUGUCUGGAGCACAUGUUGGGUACUGUGAGGGCCAAGGUCAUGGAGGUUCACAGUCACUUCCCCCACAAACCCAUUAUCCUGGUCGGCUGGAAUGCUGGCGCUCUCAUCGCUUGUCACGUAUCCCUCAUGGAGUAUCUGACCGCUGUGGUGUGUCUUGGCUUUCCCCUGCUAACAGUCAACGGGCCAAGAGGGGACGUGGAUGACCCACUGCUGGACAUGAAGACCCCAGUGUUGUUUGUGGUCGGCCAGAAUGCCCUUCAGUGUAGCACUGAAGGCAUGGAGGAGUUCAGAGAGAAGCUGAGGGCAGAUAACAGUCUGGUGGUGGUGGGAGGAGCAGAUGACAACCUCAGGAUAAAUUCAGCAAAGAUGAAGUCGGAAGGACUGACACAGACUAUGGUGGACCGCUGCGUUCAGGAUGAGAUAGCUGACUUCUUGUCAGGUGUCCUCACACGGGCAGAAGGCCAUGGCCAUGGCUCAGGCGAGAUGAGGGAUUUGGACACAGAAAAGAAGAAAAGGCCUCGACGGGAGCUUCCCUUUGACAUGGAAAGAGGACGACCAUCCUCCCCUGCGCUUAGAGUUCCCAUCUCACCAUCAGGUUCAGAGGAUCUGUCUAGCGUCUGCAGCAGUCCCACGUCGAGUCCCAAACCCAAGACAUCUGGUCUGUCUCCAGCACAGAAGUCCAGUCUGAUCACCGCUACACAGCUCCUCAAGACGCAUAUGCAGCGCUCUGGCACAGUGCUCACUCACAAGCAGGCUCAAGCUCAGUUUGCUGCUUUUAUGAAACAAAACAUGCUUGUGAGGAAAAAUCUUCCUCCUGGCAGCCCUCCUUGUAUUUUUGUACCAGUGACCAGUGAUCAGAUGGAGGGCCUGGACAGAGAUGAACUGCGGUCCCAUGGCAAGAGGAGGCAGACGCCUAGUCCCACGCCAAGCAAGGCCUCCAAAAGAACCAAGAUCAAGGUCACCAUUGUGUCUCAAAGCGAGUCAGCAGGGGGUACCAUGAGCCCUGCUGCUCAUGAAGUCGGUGUCUCUGGGAAGCCCUUAACAGUGACAGUGGGACAGACGGUGGCUGGUGCCAAGGAGCUCUCUGGACUUCUUACAGGCCAGCGGUCUGGUAGUCUCUCAGAGGUGUCUGGUGCCCUGUCCCCAGGCUCCAGCUCCUUCAACAGCGUGCAGCCUUGCAUGGUGUCAGGGUCCUCCACACCAGUCCAGGUGCAAGCUCCAGCUACUGCCCAAGCACCUUCCGCCAGCAGUCUGCUACAAGGCCUAAGUUUCAGUCUUCAGGAGAUCGUCACCAAAGCUCCUAACUUACCCUCCACAGCAGCCAACACGGGCAGUACCCAGGCUGUUUGUGGGAAGCCCCAGGGUCCUGUCCUGAGCUCUGUCGGUACCAGCAGUAGUACUCUGCUCCGAGCAGUGCCUGUGGUCACCACAGGAGGAGUGGCUAAAACCACUGCUAUCCACCAGCUGCUUACUAACGGUGGGCUGGCCAAACUCGCUAGCAGCUUGCCCGGUUUGGCGCACAUCACCAAUCAGACCACUGGAGGGCAGAAAGCCCCUACUUCUAUAACGGUGACCCUUCGAGGAGCACAGCCAAGUAAAGUGGGAUCUCUCAGCCAAGCUGGUGAGGUUGUGAUGUCAUCUCGCACCCAUGAGCCCAAGCAGUGAAGAUACCAGCUCGACGGUUUCCAUGUGGUGACACACCUGAUGCAAGAUGGUGCCGAGCCAGAGGCAUGCGGGAGCCACAGCGUGCUGAUGAGCCUGUACCCUCCCCGCCCCACAACCUGCACAAAUCACUGCCUCGCAUCCUCCAGAGGGCUCCCCUGCCGAGCUGGUGGGAAAAGGCCAGGCAGUCACUAUGGACCGAGCUGCUACGAUGCUCCAUGUCUGUGUUUGGUAGCACCGUCUCCACUAACGCCGCAGAGGUGGCCUUCGUGCUACAGAGUCUGCUCUCCUCUUGCACCUUCUUAACUUUAACAAGCAAACUCUGGCUGCAAGAUACACUGCGUGAUCACAUGCUAUCCUCUUUGGAGGAAAUUAUAUUGUGAGGAUAAACUACUGCAAUCCAUCUGCACUGUAGCAAAGUAGUCCAGGCAAAACCUAUCGAAGGACAACUGUGCUGCCUAUAAAUCUGCAACUCAGCAAGAAAGAACUAACAGAAAUAUUUACGAUCUUUCUGUGUAUAUAUGAAUUUGAAAUCACUUUUUCAUUACCUCUGCUAUAUCUCUUGUUUAUGAUUGUCAGUUUGUGAGUGGAGCAUUUAGAUUUCACAGCUCGAUAGUUCUGAAUAUCUCCAUAUUUAUCCAGUAACUGAAUUUAAAUGUUCGUGAUUGCUUUGACAUUAUUCAUCACAGUAAUUCACAUCAUUACCGCCAGUCAUCAUGAUUAGUUCUUUUUGUGCAGCACUCUCAUUUCACAAUGGCAAACAACUUCACAAAAUUGGCAGAGGAAGAAGUCAUUUCAGCACUCAUUAAAUGCCAGUAUUUCUCAUAAUCCUGUGAUUGCUGAAGCUACUGUCAAAGAAGCACCUGUGCAAUGCUCAGUUUGAGUAAUAUGCACUCAUGAAGCUCAGAUACAUGAGAACUGAUAAAUAGCUUUUGUUCAUUUGUUUCUUCCACAACCGGAUGUUCCAUAAUCUAAACCGCUCCAUCACUUCGCUGUGUAUGGAUUUUCUUGUGUGAAAUAAACAGAUUGGCCUGUGGA